AUGCUGUCCUGGAAUUUGUCUGUUGCCAGCUCCCCAGUGGAGAACGUGAUCCUACACUGGUGUAUCCAAGGAUGUUACUUUUGGAGCUCUGUAGAUCAGGAAAACUGUGCUGUCAAGUGUAAUGAUACUUACAUCGCUGUUUCUGAGCGAGAGGCCUGUAAAGUCGGCUGCAGCAGCGUGGAAGGUGCCUACGAGGAGGAGGUGCUGGAAAACACAAACCUCCCUACUGCACCCUUUGCUUCUUCCAUCGGAAGCCAUAGUGUGACUUUACUGUGGAAAUCUGCCAAUAUCUCUGAAGUGAAAUACAUCAUUCAGUGGAAAUAUGCACAACUUCCAGGAAGAUGGAUUUACGCUGAGACCGUGUCCAGGAUCUCCUGCAUGGUGCGGGCCCUGCGCCCCUUCACAGAAUAUGUUUUUCGAGUAGUUUGGAUCUUCACAGCCCAGAUGCGGCUUUCUUCUCCUACGAGCCCAAGAUACAGGACUCAUCCUCAUGGAGUUCCUCAAACUGCACCUCUUAUUCGGAAUAUUGAGAGCUCUGGCCCUGACACCGUGGAAGUCAGUUGGACUCCACCCCAAUUCCCAGGUGGACCUAUUCUGGGUUAUAAUUUACGACUGAUCAGCAAAAAUAAUAAAUUCGAUUCAGGGACACAGAGAACCAGUUUCCAGUUUUAUUCUACUCUUCCAAAUACCACCUACAGGUUUUUUGUCGUAGCAGUAAAUGAAGCUGGUGAGGGGCCAGAAGCAGAAUCUGGCAUGCAUACUGUCUGAAAACCGUGCUGUUUUUCAAUUCAAGAAGAGGAGCAGUGGCUCUUUUUAUCCCGAAAAAUGUCUCUAAGAAAGAGAUCUCUGAAACACUUAGUAGAUGAAGCACAUUGUCUUUGGUCAGAUGCUAUACACCAUAAUAUUACAGGUAUAUCAGCUCAUGUGGAUCGGCAAGUUGUUUAUUUCUCUGAGGGAACUCUCAUAUGGAUGAAGGAGGCUGCCCGUAUGUCUAAUGUGUCUGACCUGAGAGUGUUCUACAGAGGUUCAGGGCUGAUUUCUUCCAUUUCCACAGACUGGCUUUACCAGAGAAUGUAUUUCAUCAUGAAUGACCUGGUAUAUGUUUGUGAUUUAGAGAUCUGCUCAAACUUUGAGGAAAUUACUCCGGCCUCUAUUAUAGCACCUCAAAAACUUGUGGCUGAUGCCUACAAUGGGUACAUCUUUUAUCUCCUGAGAGAUGGCAUUUACAGAGUCGAUCUCCCUGGGCCAUCUGUCAGAGAUGCCAAACCUGUGCGCAUCGUGGAGAGUUGCACAUUAAAAGACUUUGCAAUAAAACCACAGUCCAAGCGGAUCAUUUACUUCAAUGACACCUCCCAAGUCUUCAUGUCAACAUUUCUGGAUGGCUCUGCUUCCUGUCCUGUCCUUUCUCAGUUCCCCUUUGCUGAUGUGCAGAGCUUUGCUUGUGAAAACAAUGACUUCCUUGUGACAGAUGGCAAAGCCAUUUUCCGACAGGACUCUAUGUCUUUUAAUGAGUUCAUUGUGGGAUGUGACCUGAGUCAUGUAGAAGAAUUUGGGUUUGGUAACUUGGUCAUCUUCAGUUCCUCCGUCCAGCCACACCCUGUCCCACAUCACCCAAGGGACAUCUCUGUGCUGUUUGGGUCUCACCAGGCCCUUGUUCAGUGGAAGCCUCCUGCCCUCCCCAUUGGAGCCAGCCCUUCCGCCUGGCAGAACUGGACUUACGAGGUACAGGUAUCCACCCAGGACCUUCCUGAGUCUACUCACACUUUCUCUAACAUACGGGGAGCCAUGCUUAAUAUACCUGGGCUGCAGAGUGCUGUGAAAUACAAGGUCUCUGUGCAAGCAAGUUCUCCCAAGGGGCCAGGCCCCUGGUCAGAGCCCUGGGUGGGCACAACCCUUGUGCCAGCUACAGAGCCACCACUUAUCAUGGCUGUGAAAGAAGAUGGGCUUUGGAGUAAAGCACUGAGCAGCUUUGGCCGGGCAGAGUUCUCAUCCUCUGACAUAGGGAAUGUGUCAGACAUGGAUUGGUAUAACAAUAGCCUGUACUAUAGUGACACCAGAGGAGAGGUUCACGUGUGACUGCUGAGUGGAUCAGGGGUCUCAGAGAGCCAUCGCAUCCCCAGCAUUGCAGGGGCAGGAGCUUUGGCUUUUGAGUGGUUGGGUCGCUUUCUCUACUGGGCUGGAAAGAUGCACGUGAUCCAAAGGCAGUCUGUGCUGACGGGACACAGCGACAUGGUCACGCAUGUGAAGCUGUUGGUGAAUGACAUGGCGGUGGACUCCGUGGGUGGAUACCUCUACUGGACCACACUCCACUCAGUUGAGAGCACCAGGCUGAAUGGAGAGAGUGCUCUUGUCCUCCAGGCACAGCCUUGGUUGUCUGGGAAAAAGGUUAUUGCUCUCACUCUGGACCUCAGUGAUGGGCUCUUGUAUUGGUUGGUUCAGGACAGUCAGUGUAUUCACCUGUACAUGGCUGUUCUCUGAGGACAGAGCACCGUGGACAUCAGCAUCACGGAGUUUGCGGCCUGGAGUACUUCUGAAAUUUCCCAGAAUGCUCUGAUGUACUACAGUGGCAGGCUGUUCUGGAUCAACGGCUUCAGGAUGAUCACAGCUCAGGAAAUAGGGCAGAGAACCAGUGUGUCUGUGUCAGAAGCGGCCAGAUUUAGUCAUUUCACAAUCAUUCAGACGUCCCUCAAGCCUCUGCCCGGAAACUUUUCCUCUACCCCUAAGGUUAUCCUGGAUUCUGUUCCGGAGUCUUCAUUUAGGACGGAAGGAAAUGCUUCAGCUUUUCAAGUCCUGUGGAGCACUCCCCCCAAGGUGGACUGGGGCGUGGUUUUCUACAGCGUGGAAUUCAGUGCUCACUCCAAGUUCCUGGCUAGUGAAAAACAGCUUUUACCUGUAUAUACUGUGGAAGGGCUGGAGCCAUAUGCCUUAUUUAACCUUUCUGUCACUCCUUACACCUACUGGGGAAAGGGCCCCAAAACAUCUCUAUCACUUCGAGCACCUGAAACAGUUCCAACUACACCAGAAAACCCCAGAAUGUUUGUAUUACCGAGUGAAAGAUCCCUCCACAAGAAUGAAGUUGUGGUAGAGUUUAGGUGGGACAAACCUAAGCAUGAAAAUGGAGUGUUGACAAGAUUUGAAAUUUUCUACCAUAUAUCCAACCAAAGUGACACAAGCAGAACAUCCAAAGGCUGGAUUGCUGUCAAUGUCACUUCCUCAGUGACAUCUUUUCAACUUGAGGCCAUGAGUCCUGGGUACAUUGUUGCCUUCCAGGUUCGAGUCUACACAUCCAAAGGCCCAGGGCCGUUUUCUGACAUAGUGAAGUCUAAAGCAUCAGAAAUCAACUCAUUUCCUUACCUCAUGUCUUUCUUUCACAAUGAGAUAGUGCUGUUAGAUAUGGACCAAAAUCAAGUUGUGUGGACAUUUUUGGCAGAAAGAGACAUCAGCGCCCUGGGCUACACAGCUGAUGAUGAGAUGGGUUAUUUUGCCCUAGGAGACUCCCUCUUCCUUCUGAACUUGCGCAACCGUUCUAGCUCUGAGCUUUUCCGAGAUGCACGCAUCUCUGGCAGCACACUCAUCACAGUCAGCUGGGUUUCAAGGCACCUCUACUUUGUGCUGAAAGAAUCACACGGAACACAAAUAUUUGAUGUUGAUCUUGAGCACAAGGUGAAACGCCCCAGUGAACUGAAGAUUUGUAACAGGAACUCAACAAUAGUUUCCUUUUCUGUAUAUCCUCUUUUAAGUCGCUUAUAUUGGACAGAAGUUUCCGAUGUGGGCUAUCAGAUGUCCUACUACGGCACCAUCAGUCAUACCUUGCAUCACAUUCUGCGACCCACAGCCACAGACCAACAAAAUGGAAGGGUCUGUUGUUCUUGUAAUGUGACUGAAUUUGGCUUAAGCGGAACAAUGGCUGUUGAUACCUGUGACCUAGAGAAGCCAUGGAUAUACUUUGCCAAAGGUCAAGAGAUCUGGGCCAUGGACCUGGAAGGGUGCCAGUGCUGGCGAGUCAUCCUGGUGCCUGCUGUGUGGGGAAAAGCCCCUGUUAGUUUAACUGUGGAUAAAGACUUUAAAUAUUGGAUCAUCACAGUGACAGACAACACACAGGUUUAUCAAGCAAAGAAGAGGGAUAGGGCCAGCGUUUCCCAGGUGAAGCCCCUGAGGAGUCAGUGCAUCCUGGCAUACAGUCCUGCCACGCAGCCUCUCCCAAGUAAAGCAUUUCUGUUUCUAGCUUCACAUACAGCGGAACCAGCUAUACUUAAUGCCACCAAUAGCAGCUUCACAGUCGCAUUGCCUCCAGCCAAGACACAGCAUACUUGGAAUGGCCUCUCUGGCCCAACCCCAGCACACCUGGUUUAUUAUGCAGAACUGAAUGGAAGCACAAACAACUCUCACCUGAAGUAAAAAAUACUGGAAUCUCAGGAGAGGAUAGCUCUUAUUGAAGGUUUACAACCAUUUUCAACAUACAUAAUAAAAGUGGCUAAAAAGAAUUAUUAUUCAGAUUCUCGAGAACACUUACCGCUGGGACAAGCUAUCUGGGGAAAGACUAGAAGUGGGGUUCCGGGGGCCGUUCAGUCCGUUAACACGACUGUGCUGUCAGGCACCACCCUUGUGUCCCGGAGAGAAUCUCAGCAGCCGAAUGGGCCUGGAGAGUCAGUCCGCUGUCAGCUGGCAAUCUCGUACCUGCUCAUCCCCGAGGCUCCUCUAAGACAAAGCCAGUACCCGGAUGCAAGGCUCCCUGUCCUGCUUGCGAGCCUGUCUGGUGGACAGCUGUAUGGUCUGAAGGUUCUGGCCUGCCACUCCGAGGAAGUGCGGUGCACUGAGAGUCGCCCCGUCACUGCCAAAAUGCUUGGCACACCAGAGAAACCGCAUGCCACGGCUCUGGAGAACAUUAGUUUGCAGUUAGAUUGGAAGGGUCCACCCAAUGGCAACCUCAUCCGAUUUUGGUUUGAACUCCAAAAGUGGAAAUACAGCAAGUUUUCCCAUGUCAAAGCUUCCUGCAGCCAGGGUCUCGCCUAUGUCUGCAACGUCUCAGGUCUCCAGCCCUACGCCUCCUGCAGGGUCCGAGUCGUGGUGGUGUAUACGGCAGGAGAAAGGAGCGUCUCACUGCCCGAAGGCUUCCAGACCACAGCUGGAGUCCCAAGCAAACCAGGCAUUCCCAAACUAUUAGAAGGGAGUAAAUGUUCAAUACAGUGGGAAAAAGCUGAAGAUGAUGGGAGUGGCCUUAUGUAUUAUCUCCUUGAGAUCAGAAAGAUCACUUCAAAUGACUCACAGAACCAGAAUUUAAGGUGGAAGAUGACAUUUAAUGGAUCCUGCAGUAGCAUUUGCACGUGGAAGUUCAAAAACCUGAAAGGAACGUUUCAGUUCAGAGUAGUAGCUGUAAAUCAUCUUGGAUUUGGUGACUACAGUGGAGUCAGUGAAAAUAUUAUCCUAGUGGGAGAUGAUUUGUGGAUACCAGAUACAAGUUUUAUACUUACCACCAUAAUUGGAGUAUUUCUGGUUAUUACAAUCCUGUUCACCUUUGUCUGGCAUAAGGGAUUGAAAAAUCAGAAGACGUCUAAGGAAGGACUCACGGUUCCAACUCCGGAAGUCAAAGAGUUGGCAGAGCUGUGCGGUCCGGUGGCCAGAGUGGGGCUGGCCAGUGCUUGCUGUGCAAUAGAUACUCUUCCGAUCCAAGAGGAGAUUGAGAAUCUUCCUGCCUUCCCGUGGGAGAGGCUGACUCUGCGUGUCUUGUUGGGCAGUGGAGCCUUUGGAGAAGUGCAUGAAGGCACGGCCGCGGACACCUUAGGAGUUGGAAGUGGAGAAACCAAAGUAGCAGUGAAGACUUUGAAGAGGGGUGCCACAGACCAGGAGAAGGUCGAAUUCCUCAAGGAGGCUCAUCUGAUGAGCAAGUUUGAUCACCCCAACAUUCUGAAGCAGCUCGGCGUCUGUCUGUUGAAUGAGCCCCAGUACCUCAUCCUGGAGCUGAUGGAAGGGGGGGACCUUCUCACUUAUUUACGUAAAGCCCGGCUGACAAUGUUCCAUGGCCCUUUACUCACCUUGGCUGACCUUGUUGACCUGUGUGUGGAUAUUUCAAAAGGCUGUGUCUACUUGGAACAGAUGCAUUUCAUCCACAGGGAUCUGGCAGCUCGGAAUUGCCUUGUCUCUGUGAAAGACUACACCAGCCCUUCACGGAUAGUGAAGACUGGGGACUUUGGACUUGCAAGGGACAUCUAUAAAAAUGAUUAUUACAGGAAGAGAGGGGAAGGCUUGCUGCCUGUUCGCUGGAUGGCUCCCGAAAGUCUGAUGGAUGGAAUCUUCACUACUCAGUCUGACAUUUGGUCUUUUGGAAUUCUGAUCUGGGAAAUUUUAACUCUUGGUCAUCAGCCAUAUCCGCAUUCUAACCUUGAGGUUUUAAACUAUGUACAAGCCGGAGGGAGACUGGCACCACCAAGGAACUGUCCUGAUGAUCUGUGGAAUUUAAUGGCUCAGUGCUGGGCUCAAGAACCGGACUAGCGGCCUACUUUCCACAGGAUCCAAGACCAGUUGCAGCUAUUCAGAAAACUUCCUGUAAAUAAUAUUUCUCAGUGGAGAGGUGAAGCAAACACCCAUGGAGUCAUAAAUGAAGGCUUUGAAGGUGACAAUGACAAUACGACCAGUUUGAAGUCAGUUGAUGUUACACCAGUUGCUUUCAUGGAAACUAAGAACCAAGAAGGGUUAAACUACAUGACACUGGCUACAGAACACAGCCAGAGUGAAGACAAUUCUGAAGGUCCUCUGUGCUCCAAAGAAUCCGAGUCUUGUGGUAUGAGGAAAGGAGAGAAAGAGCCACAAGUAGACCGAGAGUUCUGCCAAGAGAAACAAGUGGCUUGCUGCCUUUCUGGCAAUCGUGAAGGCCUGAACUAUGCCUGCCUCAUGCACAGCGGGUCUGGGGAUGGGUCUGACUCCUAGCGCUUCUUGGAGGGACAGCGCUGAGACCAACAUCCCACUAGGCUGCUGGUGGGAGAAGAGGGCCUGGAUGUGGUGGUGUCGUCUGUGAUUCUGACUGCACACUGAGAAGGUCUGAGUCUAAUCUGCAUUCCCAGAGCCGGCUGGCAGCUGGCUCCACUUGUAGCAGUCCUCAUGCCACUGGCCACUGAGCUGUUAGGAAACACCACAGACAGGCAUUAGAGGCAGGUGUGGGUCCACUCAAACCCUCAGGAGGGAGAGGCAGUGGCCAAGCAGCCGGCCAGACUUCAGGUUUUCCAGAAGGUGCUGAGGAUAGGCCUAAAGACACGUCCAGAAGGAACCACUGCUCUAAUAAAAUAUUGUCUUUCAUGACCACUGUAAACCAGUUCAUGUUUUAGAGGUAUAAAAUAGUGGCUUUGGCCAUAUUGAAAAGAGGAUCAUGAAGGCAUGUGAGUCCCAAAGUUUGGCAUUCUAUGAACUCUGGGUCCAUAAAAACCAUGACUUGUGUGCUAUAA